AUGACUGGAAUAAGUAUUAGACUUGGCGCACAUGGUUUAUUUAGGGUUCUCAAAGUUGAAGCAUACGAACAUACAUACAAGACUACACCCCAGGGGCGCUUCUUGCCGAGAGGGAAUGUGGAUCCCACGGGAGACGCCAACCACGUGAAAUCCACGAGAUCGGCUCUGCAAAAGUUCGGUAAGCUCCGGAAACAAUCAUUUCAGGUCAAUCUGACCUCGGAAGGAGGGGUAAACGAUCAAGUUCAUGCGGACCAACGGUUAAGCAUCCUGAUACUGGAUGCACAACCUUGGUCCGUUCUUGGGGUUCAAUUCCCCGUCCUCUCUUUUGGCGGCGUUGCCAAUUCUGUAUCUGUGGCCAUGGGAGCUCCCUUGUGGGCUCCUCGGCACAUCCUCGGGAUGCAGCCGUGGACCAAUCCGUGGAGCCCACUGAAUCCUGUGGACUGGCGGGUCCUUGUCCAACCUCCCGCAGUGGCCGCUUGUGGGCUUCCCGUGAAAAACUGGUGUCGGUCCACACUGUACACCGUCUUUAUGACUGGAGGAAUUCCUCCAGUCAUCAAGACUGUACACCAUCUCAAAGGCCGGAGGGAACCCUCCAGCCUCAACAAAGCAACCAGAUUAGUUCAGCAACACAUGAUAAAUCUGGAUGAUUUUGAUGCCGUCAACUUCUUCGGAUACCUGAGCUUCUUCCCAUUCUGCCCAUAUAAUUUUUUGAUAAUUGUAAUGUCCGACUCUGCGGUGAUGGACUUGACCGAGCUGGAGAUCAUUGAGGCGAAUAAGAAAAGGUCGCAAUAUGUAUAA